CCUCUCUCACGCGCCCUCCCUCCCCGCCUCCGCCCGCAGUGGCCCUGCCUCCCGAGAAGACCGACGGGCUGGCCAGUGGAGAUGAGAAGAGGAUGGAGAAGCCGAACGAGUCCUGCCCGGGCUCCAAGAAGCAGCUGAAGUUUGAGGAGCUACAGUGUGACGUGUCCGUGGAGGAGGACAGCCGGCAGGAGUGGACCUUCACGCUGUAUGACUUUGACAACAACGGGAAGGUCACUCGCGAGGACAUCACCAGCCUGCUGCACACCAUCUACGAGGUGGUCGACUCCUCGGUGAACCACUCCCCGACGUCCAGCAAGACGCUGCGCGUGAAGCUGACCGUGGCCCCCGAUGGGAGCCAGGGCAAGAAGAGCAUCCUUCUCAACCAUCCCGACCUGCAGACCACCAGGCCCAGAGCAGAAACCAAGCCCGCGGAGGAGCUGCGCAGCUGGGAGAAGAAGCAGCGAGCCCCGCUCAGGUUCCAGGGAGACAGCCGGCUGGAGCAGCCCGGCUGCCAGCACCACUGCGUGGACGAGAACAUUGAGAGGAGAAACCACUACUUGGAUCUCGCCGGGAUAGAGAACUACACGUCCCAGUUUGGGCCUGGCUCCCCGUCCGCGGCCCAGAAGUCAGAACUGCACCCCCGUACCUCCAACCCCACGCGGUCCCGCUCCCACGAGCCAGAAGCCGUCCACGCCCCACACCGAAAGCCCCCAGGCGCAGACCCCGGCUCCUCCCACGGCCCCGACACCCCCUUCGCCAAGGUCUCGGAGGCCCAGCAGCGACUCCGGGGCGCCCAGGACGGGAGCAAGCACUUUGUGAGGUCCCCCAAGGCCCAGGGCAAGAGCGUGGGUGUGGGCCACGGGGCCAGAGGGGCAAGAAGCAAACCCCCUCUGGGACCCACGGUCCCCGCGGCGUCCCCAUCCGCCCACCUGGCCACCGGUGUGGCCCUCCUCCCCACCCUGGCCCCCCUCGGCCACAAGAAGCACAAGCACCGAGCCAAGGAGAGCCAGCCGGGGGGCCGGGGCCUGCAGGGGCCGCUGGCCUCGGGCGGCGCCCUGGUGGGGCGGGACCAGGGGAGGGAGCUGCCCGCCGUGGUGGUGUUCGACGGCCCGGCCGGCCAGGCGGUCCAGAGACACGAGCAUCGCCACCACCACGAGCACCACCACCACCACCACCACUUCUACCAGACCUAGGCCCACUGCGCCCCGCCCGCCCCGGCAUUCGCAUUCUAUUAAUUAUUGUUAUUAUGACGAGUAUUGUUAUUAAUAAUUAUUGUUACUCCACUAAUAUUCCGCUAGGCUCCAUGUAGAAGAUCUAUGGAAACACAGACGUCAACUUUUAUUUAUAAGUGUGGGGACUGCGUGCGUGCGUGACUCCCCCAGGGAGCGGCCCUGAGCGCGUCAGCGGCCGGCGGCCGGCAGAGGCUCCCUCGGGGUCCCGGCUGUGGUCCCCACGCAGCCCCCCACCCUCCCCAGCCCCACCCCGCUCCGGGAGCCCCUCGGCCAGACUCCGCCCCACCCCCCCAUCUCUUCCAGAGACCCUCGAAAUCUCCGAGAAGAUAAACAGCUGCUACCUCUUAGUGUUAUUCUGAUUUUGUUUUGCCCUUGACCGACGGUACCACGCUCCGAGGAUUUCGGCGGACUGUGGCCGCGCCACCUCCCCGGCUGCUGUGUUCUCACGUCCUGGCCUGGGACCCUUAGCUGUCCUCUCUGGAGUUCUCCUCCAUGCCUUUCCAGGGGGGUCGUGCCCUCGCCCCAACGGGUCCCUCUUUCCCGCCGCACACCAUGUGAACCUACACUUCUCCUUCUCCUCCUCCUCCUCCUCGAUUCCGUAGAAAGAUACACACACACUUCUAAAGACUGCCCCUGAAACCAGACUUCUCACGGGGGAAGCCUCCGGGGAGGCCCCCAGCCCCACGGACCAGCGGGGGUUUCCCGGGUCGGGCAGUGGGGUGCUGCCGGUUGUGCUGAAGGAAGAUGGGGAAGCCUGAGUCCUGCCCUCGGCGAAUCUGUGCGUCCCCACGGGGUUCUGGGACCGAGCUCUGUCUCUGUCGCUCGCUGCCAUCUGUCCAUUUCUAUGUAUCUUUCUAUAAACACACACUCUCAGGUACCUUU